AUGUCCUCAUCAAACACUGUCCUUUAUUUCCAAGGUGGACUUGGAGUCCUAGCCAAUAUGCUUCUACUUUUUUUAUAUACUUUUAUAAUCCUAGGUCACAGACCUAAGCCCAUGGACCUGAUCUCCUGCCAACUGACCUUCAUCCACAUGAUGAUGAUCCUCACUGGAGGGGACACUUUGAUUGAAGACAUAUUAGAGUCAUUAAAAUUUGGGGCUGACUUCAAAUGUAAGACAACUUUUUACAUAAACAGAGUUAUGAGAGGCCUCUCUAUCUGCAUCACCUGCCUUCUGAGUGUGUUCCAGGCUAUCAUGAUCAGUCCCAGUACCUCUUCAUUGGCAAAAUUUAAACAUAAACUUAAAACAUACAUCAUUUAUGUCUUUUUCUGUCUUUGGUCCUUCAAUUUGUUAUUCAGUAGUAGAUGGUUCUUUUAUGUUGCUGGUUUUACCAAUGUGAGUGAGAUCAACCAGAUAAAAGUCUCAAAAUCCUGCUUACUCGUCCCUGUAAACCACAUCAUCAGGGGAUUGAUGUUAACAGUGACGAUGUCCAGAGAUGUAUUUCUUGUAGGAGUCAUGCUGACUGCAAGCACACACAUAGUGUUUAUCUUGUUCAGACAUCAGAGGCAAUGCAAGCAUCUUCAUAGUGUCAGCCACUUGAGAGCAUCCCCUGAAAAAAGGGCCACCCAGACAAUCUUGCUGCUGGUGGUUUUCUUUGUGGUCAUGUACUGGGUGGACUUCAUCAUCUCAUUCACUUUAAUCCUGUUGUGGAGGUACAACUCAGUCAUAGUGACUGUUCAGAAGUUUGUGGUAAAUGCCUAUCCAACAAUUACUCCUUUGGUACAAAUCAGUUCUGAUAAGAGAAUAAUCAAUUUGCUGAAAAAUUUGAGGUCAAAAUAA